AUGGCGGCGAGCCAGAGAGCGCAGCUGCCGCCCUGCUAUUACGAGGGAUACCUGGAGAAAAGAGGAGCGAAAGACAAGGUUGCUCUGCGUUUGUGGACCUGUUUAUGUGGAAACACGCUGUACUUCUUCAACACCCCUAAGGACACAAGUUUUGUAGAGAAGCUGGACCUGAGUGGGUUUGUGUCUCUGAUCGAUGACCCAAGUCGUGAUCGGAAUCUGGAGGCGGCCAGACUGAACCUCCGGAUGAAGGAUGGAGAAAUCAAACUCACUGCUCCUAAUCUGGAGGCGCGUGAGCUGUGGAAAGGUUUUCUCUACUCUGUCGUAGAUCUGGCUGUGCCCACGACUCUCACCCUUCUGCCCGGGCAGCUGCACAUGCUGAAAGAAGUCGUGGAGAAAGAAAAAAUGCGUCGAAAGGCACGCCUGUCCUCCAGAGCCCCCGCGUCCCCCCUCUCACUCCCGCUGGUGGGGGAAAUACCUGCGUGUUUCAGGCCUGUGUCUCGUACUGAAGCUGAGGUGCUGUUAGAAAGACAUCCAGACUGCGGAAACAUGCUGCUCAGACCAGGCCGAGACGGAUCUUCACUCGCCGUCACCACACGACAAGACCUGAAUGGAUCAGUGUUCAGGCAUUACAGAGUGACACAGAAGCAGCAGGGUGGUUACAUCAUCGAUGUGGAAAGCCCAAUCCCUUGUCCCACACUGCAUGAUGUCAUCAAUGCACUGAUGGAGAAAACUGCCGGGACUCUUCAGCCCUUUAUAUUAGAAGAGCCUUAUGAGGAGAACAUCACGUUUGUGUCAUCCAACGAUGAGAAUGGAGAGCGAACCUUGCACUCCGCUCUCUCUGGACCUCUUUCUCGUACUCCAUCACUGCCACCUAAACAAGUAGGUGGAGACAGAUGGUCGCUGCGGUCACAGACCAGAUCUCCCAGUUCCUCACCAAGAUCCUUUUCCCCGCCUGGCUCCCCGUCCAACUCCAUGAGAAGGCUGGUUCUGUCUCCCUCACCGCUCUCUCAGAGUCUUACAGACGAGCUCAAACAGAAGCUGGAGAAGAGACGGGCCAGUCAACAGUGAUUUCCUCCCUUCGUCGUCUCAUUCUUCCAGUGCCUUCCAGUAAAGACUGAUGUCCUGUUGAACAGACGAGGACUUCCUGUAAUCGACAUUCUUCCCUCAGUGUGACUUAAACAAUGCCACUUUAUUUGGCAUAAUCAAUAACACAAGAGCUGAGGUCCACCAGCUAUCCUGCCUCAUAAUAAUGCUGUCACAGAAUGAUGCUGUUUCCGUUGAGAUUAUUGUAA